AUACAUUCACUGAUACUCCGUAUAUGCACGGUAGUUGUGAAGGCUCGAGCUACGACCGACAAGUUCUCGUUUGACGCCAUCACCUUUUGUGCAGGGCAUUAUUGUAUCGAUACACGGGCUUGUCCUAUCCGGUGUCUAUUUACAUGUUUUGUUGAUUGUUAGCUCCAAGUCGCGACUACGUAACUAGAUACGCGAUGGUCAAUGCACUACCACCACCACCGCCAACACCACUCUCUCAACCGGCUCGAGCCGCCGACACGUACAGCGCACUCUCUGCCACUCGUUCAGACUCCUUUUGAAUACACAAACGGUCUUUGUAUCAGUCUUCAUUACUAUCGUACUGUGCAUCGUGUUUUGUAUUGACAUGUCACACGCUUCAGACCCCUCAUCGUCCCAACCAGACGCUAGACUGCCCGCAUCCUCGAUAUCACCAACACAAAGCCUUGCAUUCGUGGUACACUCCCCGGAUACAGUGCAGAACAACCUUCCACCCGAUGUGGACAAUAAACCACUGGCUCGUCAGAAACGCCGACGGACAAGCAAGGAAGACGAGGAAAUCCUUAGAGCAGAGUAUGAGAAAAACUCCAAGCCAGACAAAGCGACGCGUCUGGAUAUCGUGAGUAGAGUGGCGCUCGGGGAGAAAGAGGUUCAAAUAUGGUUCCAAAAUAGACGACAGAAUGAUCGACGAAAGUCGCGUCCGCAAAAUUCUGAUGUUCCGUCAUCUGACCGGCUCGACUGCUCCUCGGAUUAUCAAGACAACAUCGAGGACCACAAUGAGAUUCUCGAAGGCUGUGAGGUCGAGCCCAGUCUCAAUGUGGAUGCCCCUAGAACAGAGGAGAUUAGAGAGGAUGCAGAUGCUGAAGAUAUAACGACAGGCACAUCUUCGCAAAGGACUGGUAACGCAAGCUCGUUCACUCAAUUGACGGACUCACAACCUACGUUCUCCUCCCAAGGUAACCAAUUUCCUCUAAACAGACCCUCCGGAUACAUUGCGAACCGAAGGAGUGCAUCGUUUGUGAAGAUAUUCGAGGAUUCAUCUUCAUCUCAGCCAACAACGGAAACGCAUAAAACCGAAACGUCACAAGACUCGCGUCCCUUGCCACGCUCCCGUUCCUUUGUACGUCUAUCCAUGACUGCUGAUGGCCAGGCGAAAGUUGUAACGGACGCCGAUCAAUCGCCGUCGCCUCCAAGACCGCAAGCUUCUUCCACCACACCUACAGAGCGAAGCGGAUCUCUGAGACGGAGCUACAGUGCUGCCGGCCUCCACGAGCGGUUUCAAGACGAAGAAGAUCUCAGUCCUGCACCUAAAUUACUGAGGACGACUGGCUCCCACGGCAGAUCUCGUGAUUCGCGUACAUGGGAGUUCUGGUGCGACAGCGAUGCCCGCAAAGCUCUUGCCAACCAGGCCGAUCAAGAAGGUAAAGGAUCAGCUGCAAAUGCCAUCAGUCUGAUUCGGGCAAAUAGUAGUGGCGCGUUACGCUCAACGCCUUCGAAAAGGAAUAUGAUGUUGGCAAAGCAGUCAUCGAGUAGGGGAGUCAAACCAGAUGGGAAGAAGAUUGGUGGUCCAGGCUUAACCCGGUUUUCAACGGCACAGGGCCGCUUGCACAUGCAGUCCAGGCAACCAGACUUGACCAAAAUGAAAUCUAAGAAGAAGAAGGACGAUGAAUCAGAGGAAAUCGAAAUACUGAACACCGAAUCCGACAAGGAAAAUUGGGAGCCUAAUGAUGUCCAAACAGCCCUUGGCUCGACCGAAACACGUCGUCACAAUCAGGUAUCUUCCGGCAGACGACCGCUUGGCGAAAACACGACCAUCAUGAGUCAAAGCAGCAGUCUAGGCUCCAUGAUGAGACGUGAGCGAAAACCGAAGAGUCAACUAGGAAACAAAAGCAUAGAUGCCGAGAAUAUGGAUCCCGAGGAUGACGAAGAAAUUGCUCAAUUCAUGGGCAGCGCGAGACCAAGCAGCCCAAGAGCAAGUAGCCUCUCGAGUGGCGAAGAUAUGUCAUGUGUUCAAGGCUUGCUGAAGUUAAGUCAAGGGAAUUGGCGGUGACCAGAUUUGAGAAAUGGUGUAUCUGGAGAUGAGGAUCGGUCCGAAAUGGCAUAACGUGGCGUAUACAUGGUGUUGAGGUCUGCGUAGUUUUGGCCCCAUUAGUUGGAUUGAUGGCGAGGUGCAUUCCUAAAAUCGACAUGGCGUAAGUAGUUGUAUAUCACUAUACAUUACUUGAUUCUUCCUCUU